AUGGAGAAAAACGCAAACGAGUACAAUUUACCUAUUCGAUCAGACGCCACAAUCGCUUUGGAAUCAACGAUUGCUGUUUUGAUCACGAUUUUUGCAGUAGUUGGGAACGGACUGAUAAUCGCAGCGUUUCGUAAAAACAAAGUCUUACAGACCAUUCCAAACUUGCUGGUGGUGAAUUUAUCGAUUGUGGAUAUUCUCGCCUCAUUAACUACACACCCGUUGCUGGCCUCUGUUAUGAUUCAGGGAGCUUGGCGCCUAGGAAAAGAAGUUUGUGAUUACCAAGCGAUUUUAAACUCAUUUUUAUUCACCACUUCGCAUCUUAGCAUAACCCUAAUAAGUCUAAAUCGUUAUUUUGUCAUCGUUCAUUACAAAAAAUACACCAAGGUAUUUUCAAAACGGUUGACGCUCUUAUAUCUGAUGUCCAUUUGGAUGUCUUCGUCUCUUCUUUCCCUCUCGUAUUUGCUGACUCAGGCGGAAAUGACGUUUCACGGCAAGGAAGCAGUUUGUAUUGUUUUGAACAAGAGCGCAGCACCUCAGUCCGUCAUAACAGUUGUAUUUGGGAACAUCACUUUCUUGGCAACGGUGUUCUUCAACUCUGCGAUUUUCAAAUUGGUGCGAUCCCAUCGGAAACAAGUUUCUCUUUCAUUUCACAGCAGCACUUUUCAAGAUGGUAGUGAAAAUCUCGAAGGAAACAGAAAGGCGUGGAAAUCAAGUCCACCUCGUAAGCGAAGCCGGCAGGUUAUGAGGAACGAAGAUUUCUACAUUGCGAGAAAAAUCCUUAUUGUGACAAGCUUCUACACCCUUUGUUGGUUACCUCAAGGCAUACUAAAAAACACAAAUUUAGCAAACGUGGAUUUUUCGCGCGUAAUUUGGAUGGCAUCCACAUUCUGUAGUCAUCUUAGCUCUGUUUUGAAUCCCAUACUGUACGGAUUGCUAAACAGAAAAUUAAGGAAAACCAUAUUGAAAAUGCUUCGCAUGAACAAACACCGGGUGAUUAAUAUUCACACCAGAGAGGCGCCGUCUGGAAGAUUUAAAUCGACCAAGAAGGUUUUUACUGUCACUCAAGUACUGGAUUGA